AUGACCGAAAUGACGACAAUCCUAAAAGCCUGGAACUUUUUGCCUGAGAAUGAACUGCAGACCAUAAACUUUAGGCAGAGAAAGGAAUCUUUGGUUCGGCACUUGAUUCUGCUGUGUGAGGAAAAGCACGCGAGUCUCAAUGAUGCAGCCCUUUUAGACAUCAUUUAUAUUCAAGUUCAUCAGCAUCAGAAAGUUUGGGAUGUUUUUCAGAUGAGUAAAGAACCAGGUGAAGAUGUUGACCUUUUUGAUAUGGAACAUUUCAAAGGUUCGUUUAAGAAAAUUCUUCAGCGAGCACUGAAAAAUGUGCUGGUCAGCUUCAGAGACACGGAGGAGAAGGCAGUCUGGAUCCGAAUUGCCUGGGGAACACAGUCUAGGAAGCCAAAUCGGUACAAACUGACUUACAUGGUGUAUUACUCCCAGACUCUGUAUGCUUUUGCUUCUUCCUCCCGGCUGAGGAGCAAUAUACCCCUUCUGAGUCAGACCUUUGAAAUUCACAACUCCACAACACCUUUACAGGAAAGAAGCCUUGGAUUAGAUAUAAAUACAGAUCGAAGGCUCAUUCAGGAAAACGCAGUAGAAGAAAACAGAGUCCAGAGAGUAACUCAAGAAACUUUUGGAGACUACCCUCAAACACGACUAGAAUUUGCACAAUGUAAGCUUGAAACGAAGCUCAAAAGUGACUUAAAUGGGAGCAUCUUGGCUGAGAGGAAAGAACCCCUCUGGUGCCUGAUAAAGUUCUCGAGCCCACACCUUUCGGAAGCGUUGAACUCCUGA